UUAGGCCCGGUUUGGUUUUUCCCCAAAUGGAGACUCGUCUUCACCGAUCAGAACUGCAACUGUAAAACGAAGAAGAGAGCAAAGCCAGAAUCAUAAACAAAAAUCGGAGAUGAAACACUGGGAAAUCAUUAACUACUCGAUAAUAGGCUUAUUAUUAUUAUUUAUAUUAUGCACAAUCAAACCUGUAACCGCUUCAAUUCACGAGUACAAUAACGAAGGGUUUAUACCAAAAUCAAAUGCUUUCUUUUUCCAUGGUGGAAGUGAAGGUCUCUACGCUUCAACACUUCACGAAUCCUCUUCUUCUUCAUCUGAUAAGCCUCUUCAAGGAAAAUCCUUCAUUAGAUUUGAGGAUGUAAGUUUUGUUAGAACGACAGAGGAUGCUAGUAAGCAGAAUAAAAUGCAGCAGAGCACUGGAUUAGUGGAAGCCAUUAUUUUCGAGGUGAAAGAUAGAGAAAGUAUCGGAGGAGCGUUUUUAAAAACUAAUGCGAUUUGCUGUAGUCCUGAGCUUGCUCAGGCUGGGUCCUGUACUCUAGGAGAGGUAAUUAUUCGGAAAGGGAAAGAUAAUCAAGAAUGGCCGAAACGUAUUCAAACAUCAUUUGCGGGAACUAAUGUAGAAGCAAAAAUGAAGCCUGAAACUAUUGAAAUAAAUAGUACUGGGAUGUACUACCUUUACUUCAUGUUCUGUAAUCCAGAACUUAAGGGUACCUUGAUUCAGGGAAGGACUGUGUGGAAGAAUCCUAAUGGUUAUUUACCUGGAAAGAUGACUCCCCUGAUGUCGUUUUAUGGUUUCAUGUCUUUGGCUUAUCUUGUACUAGGAGCGAUCUGGUUCCUGAGGUUUGUUCAAUUCUGGAAGGAUGUUAUUCAACUGCACUACCACAUCACAGCAGUUAUUGCGCUUGGAAUGUGUGAAAUGGCUAUAUGGUAUUAUGAAUAUGCUAAUUUUAAUUCAACUGGAACAAGGCCGAUGGGUGUUACAUUGUGGGCAGUCACCUUUAGCACUGUGAAAAAAACUUUAUCUCGUCUGCUCCUUCUGGUUGUCUCCAUGGGCUUUGGUGUGGUGAAGCCAACACUUGGUGGCAUACAAUCAAAAGUGCUUUUUCUUGGUCUGGCUUAUUUUAUUGCAUCAGAGUCACUUGAGCUCGUUGAACAUCUGGGAAAUAUCAAUGAUUUGUCGAAGAAAACAGAGUUGUUUUUUGUGCUUCCUGUUGCCUUCCUAGAUUCAUGCUUUAUUGUCUGGAUUUUCUCAUCUCUAUCAAAAACUUUAGAGAAGCUUCAGAUGCGGAGAAAUUUAGCUAAACUGGAUCUGUACCGCAAGUUUACCAAUUGUCUUGCAGUUACUGUUCUGCUCUCCAUUGCUUGGAUCGGCUUUGAGCUAUACUUCAACGCAACUGACCCGCUAAGUGAGCUAUGGCAAGCUGCUUGGAUCAUUCCUGCUUUUUGGAUGUUACUUGCGUACUGUCUGUUGGGGGUGAUAUGUCUCCUCUGGGCUCCUUCAAGUAACCCUACUAGGUAUGCAUAUUCAGAGGAGAUGGGAGAUGAAUUUGAUGAAGAAGGUAUCUCAUUGACGAGCAGUGUGGAUAUUGCGACUAAACUAGAAAGGAAGGGGCUAGGAGAAGAUCUCGAGGAAGAUAAGCGAGAAUAGAUAAAUUUCACUUAGUAUCAAGGUGAAUUUCUGACUGAACCUAAAGUUGCAUAUCCAUGAAUCAAUCUUUAUGUUGUGUUAUGUGAUGUGUUGUAUGUACAAAAAAAAGGCCUUUGUGAAUGAGAGGUUAGUAGAUAGAAGCGGUGGAUGUGACUUUAGAUUACAGCUAACUGAUUAGGCAAUGAAACGAAGAAUGACAUUGUAUGUCUCGUCAUGCUCUGGAUAUAAUUUAAUAAUUUAUCCUGGGGUUUACAUAUUGUACUUGCGCUAGUCUUUCAGCGAGAUUCUUUCACGCUGACCCCUAGCUAUUUCCCAUGUGUGAUUUGAGAGUGGUGCUCUAUGGAAAGACUAGUAGCAGGGCGGCUAACAGCUGAGAGAGCAGCGGGAUUCUUAAAUGUUUAAUUGCUCUUUCAAUUUGGAAGUCACAUUGUUAAUUUGACUUCCUCCAUUUUCAAUGAAACCAUCUAUGGGACUGUUCUGGUAAACUCAGAAACUUGCGAAUAGGAAGAUUUUACACCAAGCAAAUUGAAAUGCAGUGAUGACGUGAGUAUUGAGUUCUCUUACAUUGCAUAGUUGUUUGCUGGAUUGUACUGGAAAUCAUCAUCUUUGGUCUCAUUAUGUGUUGCAUGGAAACUUUUUGAGUCCUGUCUGUGCUUCGGCGUUUUGUUGAUGGAACAAAACACUUCUCGAAGUCUAUAUACGCACAAAUCAUCGUCAAGGCGACCAACUAUUACAGACUUAAAUGUUUGGUAAAUUUUCCUCCGACUAGGGUAAAGAUCCCAUUGUUUUUUCAUUUUUUGGUUUUGACGGUUCUUUAGUUUUUGCAUCUUGAUAGACCUAAUCUAAUACGUUGUAUGCAAUAAACAAGGAUAUGUUGUUUAUCUAAGUCUGACGGAAAACUGAAAAGGGCAAUGAAAUCUUAAAUGAUAAAAAUUGUAUGUUAUUAAAUCUGUCAGGCUGCAACUCAGAAAUUUAUCAAUGAAGGCAUGAUAAAACUAUUAAUACCUGAUAUAAUUUAGUUUUAAUUGAAGAGCACAGUCGUUUUCUGAAGAAAAACAAUUGAAAAUUUCAGGAACUGAAAAUGUUAAUUACAUAAAAAUCCAAUGAACACUCAAACAAAAUCCAAGCAGUUAAAUAAAAAUUAUUUGUUCAUUAUGGUUUCACAUGUUGCAAAUUUUUUUAAAUCCUCCAUUUUUUUGUCCAAUUUUUUUUAUAAAAUUAUCGAAGGCAAAUUAAAUAUUGGAAUCUAUCAUUUCAGGUUGUAACAACGCCAAUCACCAUAUGUUGUCUUUAAUGAGACAUAAACAAGGACAUGGAAACUUCAUAUUUUUAUUUUCUUCUUCCUUAAGUCAUAUUUCUGUUUCUUGUAAUAGUACAUCCAUUUUUUAUGCAAAAUUUAGUAAUUAACACCAUUAUAAAUUGUCUUAGACUCAUUUAUUUUCUUAUUAAUUCCAAAUUUGGUUGCAAGUUCACCUAAUAUUUAAAAAAAUUAGAGCAUACAAUAGACGACCAUUCCACAUACUAAAAUACUUGAUACACCAAAUUCAGCAGACUCCAUAAUAAAAAAAUAUUUUAAUUUUAAAUAUUUGAACUUUACUUUUUUAAUACAUAAUAAUUAAAAAAAUAAGUAUAUGACACGCUUAAGGUAAAGAGACGCGGUUAGGCCCAUGAGCUGAGGUGGAACUCCCGUGGACGUCUUACUUGGAUAAACUCUUACCCGAUAUAAAUACAAAUAAUUUUGUUUUCCAUAGACCACCAUUAUAGCUUAAAAGACUCCUUAUUCAGCUUAUCUCCAGUAAUAAUUACAGUUUAUUUUCAAGAGAAAACAAUUAUCCAUCGAUAGGUACAGCUUUUUAUUUCAAUUGUGAGAAGAUUUUUCGUCUGUAGAUUGAAGAAGGUGUUUCAAUUGGCCGUAACCUUUACCAGGUU